AUGUUAGAUAAAGAUCUCGAAGACAUUAUUUAUCAUCAUGAUAUGAUCAAAGAAGAAGUACAAGCGUUAACAGAUAAAGCAUCCAAAUCUAAUCCAAUAGCCAAUAACAUUAUACGUCAAAUUGAAGAUUGGAAAAACGAGAUGAUGGGAAAGAUACAAGCUGUAGCUAACGAAGCAAAACAAGAUGUUCAACGUUUAUUACAAACGGAUGAUUUAAGAGAAGAUAUUGUCAAUCGCUUAAAAAGCAUUAAGCAACAGCUACGUGAAGGUCGUGAGACAGAAAGCUACGUUGAACAUGAUUUAGAACGAUGGAAAUUAGACUUGGAUAAACUGAAAAAAGAUUUAAAUCAGAAGCCAAAGCCACUAGACAUUCACGUGAAUACUGAAGAAAGCCGACGAAUCACCUGGGGAACAUUGAUUAAAGUGAAAAUCGUAGAGAACGAAAUGACACAAUCUCACAUUUCGAAUGAAUACAAUCGUCAAGAUUUAUAUUCGUCACCUGUUUCAUCAUCAUCCGUGCGAGUUACAUCAGUCAUUCAAUCUCAACAACCAGUUAGUGAUUUUAUUCGACCAAUGUCUACCAGCCUACCAUAUGUGCCAAAAACAACAACAGAUUGUACAAAGAAAGAGAAAUAUAAAUACAACGGAAGUUAUUCAUCAUUUCAGCGAAAGUAUCAUGCAAGUUUUCCGUCAGAAAUUGAAUUUGACAGUUAG